AUGCUGUGCGAGUUUUGCUGUAAAGUAUCAAUUGACAAUCUCAUAGAGUUAGCAAAAGUCGAAUUUUCUGCCCAAUUCUUCCCUGAAAAGGCAUACUACCAACAUCAUGACUCUUACGCAUCUCUCAUAUCCGCAGCGACCGCCGGAUGCGAGCUCUGCCAACUCAUCCGCGACGCAAUAACCACUUACAAAAUAGGAGGCAGCGACUUCUACUGGGAAGGUCGUACCACUGAAUCAGCCAUCUUGGAGACUGAAUCGGAGGGUCACGCAACAGAUCUGAAGAUGUGCAUUAACAUGCACCAUCUGAACCCAGGUGGGAAAUUGGAAGAUGUCGAGCUUUUCGAUGAACUUAUGGUGCAGGUUGGGCCCCCGAUAGAGUCUGAAUCGGAUGACCCGGACGAGUAUUUGAAGGUUCCACCUCUGAAUUUGAGCCUCACUGUUCCUCGAGGAAAGCCCGUAUAUCAUCAAAACUACAGAAUAGGACGAUUUCAAACCAACCCAGAUCUGGGCUCGGAAACAAAUUUUGAUAUCGCAAAGAGUUGGCUCAACAACUGUGUCACCACACACGAGAAAUGCACAGCUAGACAAGCAGUCGACUUGCCCACCAGAGUCAUUGACGUAGGACCAUUAGCCGGAUCCCAAGAACCAAAACUUUACUGUUCCAAGGAUAUCAGAGGUAGCUACAUUGCUCUCAGUCAUUGCUGGGGAGGUCCAGUCUCACCACUCUUGAAAAUGGCGAACAUUGAAGCUUUCCAAAGCUCGAUCCCUUUCCUUGAUCUGCCUGCGAACUUUCGCGAUGCAAUUACGGUGACAAGACAACUUGGAAUCAGAUAUCUGUGGAUUGAUUCUUUGUGCAUCAUACAAGAUUCCAAAAGAGACUGGGACAUUGAGUCCAAGAAAAUGGGAUCCAUAUAUCGAGAUGCACUCCUAACCAUCUCCGCAGCAACAUCAUCUCGAAGCACUGAUGGAUUUCUAAAAUCGCCUCCUUCCUCAGCUGAGCCUGAGAAGAAUAUACCUCUCCACUUGACCGCGGACAGUGGUUCGGAAGCCAUCGUCUAUAUAUCCAAACCACCCCAAACCCCAGAAGAUCUUCGAGAUCUCUUCUACCAAGCACCACUCAACAAACGAGGAUGGUGUCUCCAAGAGCGCAUUCUCUCUGCUCAGAUCCUCCAUUACGGUAGCAAACAAAUAUAUUGGCAAUGCGCUCAAGGUUUCCUCUCCGCGGACGGCGUGCCCCACGGUGUCGCGAUGCCAGAAGAGGAAAUGUAUCCAGAGAUCGCAAGUAUAAUCCAUCCCUCCAUCCUGAAAGGCCCCAUUCCGAAGAAGCCCAACCUAGAUCUUGUCCUCGAGGAAUACUAUCUCCUGGUCCAAGUAUACUCUUCCCGAAAACUGUCCUUCGACACAGAUAAGUUCCCCGCAUUUUCAGGCCUGGCGCAACAUGUGCAUUCUUACCUCGGCGGCGACUAUAUUGCCGGCAUCUGGAGUACAGACUUCAGACACGGCCUUCUGUGGUUCAACGAGCUCACGACCUGCAAGCAUGUAAGACCGUACAGAGCACCGACGUGGUCCUGGGCCGUGACCAACGAGCCUGUCGUCUUUCCUGCAAGAUGCGAUACGCCGUUUCCUGAAUAUGCCGUCGAGCUGAUCCUGUAUGAUAUCAAUCUCGAGACUAAUGCGUACAGUCAGGUCGAGUCCGGAGAGCUGACUCUGUAUGGUUUAACGAAGGAGUUGGUGAGGAGUAGGCAGUUAACGAAUAUUUCGUAUCCGGAGAUGGCCACUGCGCAUGUCUAUUUCGACGAGGCGGAGGAAGAGGGAGGAGCUAUUGAGCAAUGGUCGGCUGUGUUCCAGACAAAAGCGGGAGAUGAUGACUAUUUGCUGUCUGUGAUCAAUGGAUCCGGAACGGAAUGGCCUCAGCCAGAAUGGAGAAUCGACUUCGAACUUUUCUCGCCGCGGGAAUAUACCGUGCUUCUCGUCGAUGUACGGACUGGGCAGCAGGACGGAGCAACCGUGUACCAUGGGAAUGGCUUGGUAUUAUCGAAGGCGGAGGGGAAGGAACAUAUGUAUGAACGCGUUGGUUACAUUAGCUUGACGCCUCGAGAGAAGGAGGAUUUCGAAGAAUGGAUGGAGACGUGGGGGAGGGAAAAUGUAACUAUCAUCUAA